GAAAAAAAAAAAUCCUAAAAAUAUCCCAUCUAAGAUGGUCAACUCGAUUGCAUUUUCCAUGAACUGAUGAACUGGACAUCAGUCAUCAGCAGUGACCAGUCCUCAAAUUCAUAACACCUCGAAAUGGAACGAAUGAGGAAAAACCAUAUCAACAUAUAAUUAAAAUUUUAACACCAACACACGUGGAUAAUUCAAUGUUACUCGGUAGUAUUGAAGUUUUCCGAUUGAACUGUGUGCCAACCGCCAUGCCUCAAGGAAGUAGUCUGGUACCCUUUCUGACUCUCUAGCCAUAAUAAUUGGCCAUUGGCCGCCAGCCAACGCCAAUCUUCAUAUAUGCAUGAAAGCAGUCUAUUUAUUACAACCUCUUAAUUAUCACAUUCUUUUCUUCUUUUUUUUUCCCUUUAAUUAUUUCCUUCGAAAUGGACUAUUAAAAUGGGACAGACCAGAGUAAAACUUAUACUACAUGGGAGGAGAAGUGAUUAUUAGGGAAAUGGCUGAAGAAGAUCAAUAUACCAAAGAUGGAACCACUGAUUUUCGAAACAAUCCGGCGAUCAAAGACAAAACAGGAACCUGGAAAGCAUGCCCUUAUAUCCUCGGAAACGAAUGUUGCGAAAGGUUGGCAUACUACGGGAUCAACACCAAUCUCGUGAAUUACCUGAGAAUCCAAAUGAACGAGACCAAUGUUGCUGCCGUGAAUAAUGUCACCAAUUGGUCCGGCACCUGCUAUGUUGCACCAUUGCUCGGAGCCUUUGUAGCCGAUGCCUACUUGGGCAGAUACUGGACGAUUGCAACUUUCUCCAUCAUUUACGUCUUCGUGCGUCACUUCUUCCAAUAAAUCUUAUAGAUUCUUUAUUGACAUUUGCACUAGAAAAAUAAACGUUUGAUUUUUGUAUGCAGGGGAUGACGAUUCUGACAUUAUCCGCCUCCGUUCGUGGACUCAAACCGCCUUGCGACGAGAAGAGCAUUUGCCAUCCGAAAGGCCUCCAAAAGGGUGUUUUCUUUGUCGGGCUUUACCUAAUUGCUCUCGGAACCGGUGGAAUCAAGCCUUGUGUCUCGCCAUUCGGGGCAGACCAGUUUGAUGAUUCGGAUGAAACAGAGAAGAAGAGCAAGAGCUCUUUCUUCAACUGGUUCUAUUUCUCCAUCAACAUCGGUGCUUUAAUAGCUGCCACGGUGCUUGUGUGGAUCCAAACCAACGUGGGAUGGGGCUGGGGAUUCGGGAUUCCUGCCGUGGCAAUGGCGGUGGCGGUCGUGAGCUUCUUUUCGGGUACCCGACUCUACCGGAAUCAGAGGCCCGGAGGGAGCCCGUUGACUCGGAUCUGUCAGGUUGUGGUUGCUUCGUUGAGGAAAUGUCGAGUCAGAGUUCCUCAAGACAAAUCCAUGUUGUUCGAGACUGCAGAUGAAGAAUCAGCUGUCACAGGAAGUAGGAAACUUGAUCACACUAAUCAGUUCAGAUUCUUUGAUAAGGCGGCUGUGGAAGAUCAGUCAGAUCGAAUCAAAGGGACAGUUAACGCAUGGAGGCUAUGUACUGUGACACAAGUCGAAGAACUAAAGUCUAUAAUCCGACUUCUUCCCAUUUGGGCAACAGGAAUUAUCUUCAGCGCUGUAUACAGUCAAAUGGGCACUUUAUUCGUCUUGCAAGGCAAUACCAUGGACCUUUCCAUGGGCAAAUCCUUCCAAAUUCCUUCAGCUUCUCUGUCCCUCUUUGACACAAUCAGCGUCAUCUUCUGGGUUCCUGUUUACGACCGCGUAAUCGUGCCAUUUGCGCGGAAAUUUACCGGCCACAAAAAUGGAUUCACGCAGCUUCAAAGAAUGGCGAUUGGGCUAGUCAUUUCCAUCUUCGCGAUGCUGAUUGCCGGAACUUUGGAGCUUAUCAGGUUGAAAAUGGUGAAAGAACAUAACUAUUAUGAGCUGAAACACGUUCCCAUUUCGGUUUUCUGGCAAGUUCCACAGUAUUUCAUCAUUGGUUGUGCCGAGGUUUUUACGUUUAUCGGGCAGUUGGAGUUUUAUUACGAACAGGCUCCCGAUGCGAUGAGAAGUUUGUGCUCGGCUCUUUCGCUCACGACGGCCGCGCUCGGGAACUAUUUUAGUACUUUUCUGGUGAACGUUGUGACGGAUUUGAGCACUAAAAAUGGAGGUCCUGGUUGGAUACCGGAUAAUUUGAAUUACGGUAGACUGGAUUAUUUCUUUUGGCUUCUGGCAGUGUUGAGCUUAAUCAAUUUGGGAUUCUAUCUAUUAGUUGCAAAGUGGUACACAUACAAAAAGGCAAUCAUCUAGCUAUGUAGCUAGAUAGGGAUUGUUGGUAUGAGGUUUGCUGCAAAAACAAUAUUGGCUAUUGAUAUGUUUGAGCAUUGAGAUAAAUGGAAAUGAGUGACAAAGUUGUAUUGAAGUACCCUUUUCUGAAUGUUGUAUUAUUCAUUUGACUGUUCUUAGUAUAUCUGUAAUCUCCACUUUCACAUUUAUGAGUUACAUAUCAUAUGUAAUCAAAUUCGUCACGAU